CCCAGCCUUGGUAGCUUCCUCGACCUUCCUCGAGACCGAUCGCAUCCGCCUCGAAACCCUAGACGCGGCGGCCAUGGCGCGGCGACCCACCCCUCUCCUCCGGCGCCUCCUCUCCCCCUCCCCUUCCCCCUCACCGUCCCACCAUCCUCUUGCCGCCGCCGUCUCCCGCCGCACCGUCACCUACAUGCCGCGCCCAGGAGACGGGGCGCCGCGCGCCGUCACGCUCAUCCCGGGCGACGGCAUCGGGCCCCUCGUCACCGGCGCCGUGCGGCAGGUGAUGGAGGCGAUGCACGCGCCGGUCUACUUCGAGACAUACGAGGUCCGCGGCGACAUGCCGACGGUGCCCGCCGAGGUCAUCGAGUCCAUCCGCCGCAACAAGGUCUGCCUCAAGGGCGGCCUCGCCACCCCCGUCGGCGGAGGUGUCUCCUCCCUCAACGUGCAGCUCCGCAAGGAGCUCGACCUCUACGCCUCCCUCGUCAACUGCUUCAACCUCCCAGGCCUGCCCACCAGGCACGAGAACGUCGACAUCGUCGUCAUCAGGGAGAACACCGAGGGCGAGUACUCGGGGCUUGAGCACGAGGUCGUUCCUGGCGUCGUGGAGAGCCUUAAGGUGAUCACAAAGUUCUGCUCUGAAAGGAUUGCUAAGUAUGCUUUUGAGUAUGCUUACCUCAACAACAGAAAGAAAGUGACUGCCGUGCAUAAAGCAAACAUCAUGAAGCUUGCUGAUGGUUUAUUCUUGGAGUCUUGCCGUGAGGUUGCAACAAAGUAUCCUGGAAUUCAAUAUAAUGAAAUCAUUGUGGACAACUGUUGUAUGCAGCUUGUUGCGAAGCCUGAACAAUUUGAUGUUAUGGUCACGCCAAAUCUUUAUGGCAAUCUGGUGGCUAACACAGCUGCAGGUAUUGCUGGAGGCACUGGUGUCAUGCCUGGAGGUAACGUGGGUCAGGACCAUGCUGUCUUCGAGCAAGGUGCUUCUGCUGGAAAUGUUGGAAAUGUCAACAUUUUGGAGCAGAAGAAAGCUAACCCCGUGGCUCUGCUUCUCUCCUCUGCCAUGAUGUUGCGGCAUUUGCAGUUCCCUUCAUUCGCUGACCGGCUUGAGACGGCAGUGAAGCGUGUCAUCGCAGAAGGCAAGUACAGAACCAAGGAUUUGGGCGGCAGCAGCACCACCCAGGAAGUCACAGAUGCGGUGAUCGAUCAUCUUGAUUAAUGGCCAGCAGCGGUCUCUUGAAACAAAAAUUUUCCCUUGGACUAGGUGUCUAGUCCUGACUGAUUUUCGUUUCUUAUAGCGUUAGGUCAGCAUCAUUUCAUUCUGCACAUCCUUGUACAAUCUUAAGUUGUCGUAUCUUGGGUCUUUGCUUCGGAAUGAUGGAGCAAAUUACCAGGAAUCCAGGAUUGUUUUUUCACGCAAAAUUUUGCCAUCUUAACUGGAAAUAAGAGAACAAUCACAAGAAUGAUUCUCUUGACUGUAACACUAUUCCGUUGACAGCUUCUAUCCAUUAUUACAUAUUUUGAUCCUUA